GAUAAAAAGAGCAUCACUUCAAGUGACUCUCACCCACCUUGUACAUGGAUUAACCAGGUACUGGCUGCUGUGCCCCUGUGCUGCAAGCAACUUCCAAUAUCCGCCCAAAACUCUCCUGCCCAGGCGAGGCACAUGGAGCUGAAGGACACUACCUGUGAUCACCCAGGCGUGCACAAUGUGGCCUUCCAGGAGGAUGAACACAUCCAUGUUGAGAGUGAUCUGCAUGAAAACAAACAUGAUUCAGCAGAUGAUGAGCAGCCACGCUCAAAAGGGUGUUUAGAAGAGAAAUAUGAUAAAGCUUGUGACCUUUGCAAGAAACAUAAACCCACAAUUCAAUAUGUGAUCUAUGGAAUUUUAAUAACAGCAUACUUGGCAAUAGUUAUUGCAGCCUGCACCUUGAACUUUCAGAGGGCCUUGCCACUCUUCGUCAUCACUGUCCUAGCCAUCUUCUUCAUCUGCUGGGAUUUUUUAAUAGCUAAGUAUGAAGACAGAAUUGCUGCAUUCUUUUCCCCUGGAGAAAUAUAUCUGGAGAAACAGUGGUUUUGGCUGAAAUGGGUGUUGGGUGCAGCUCUUAUUAUAGCUGUCAUCUGCUGGAUCAUCUUUGACACAGCAAAACAAGGAUCCCGUCAGCUGAUCUCCUUUGGUGGGCUUGUGCUAUAUGUUCUCUUGAUGUUUAUCUUUUCCAAAUAUCCAACCAGAGUUGCUUGGAGACCAGUGGUUUCAGGAAUAGGCAUGCAGUUUAUUCUUGGGCUUCUUAUUCUAAGGACCAAAGUAGGGUUUGAUGUAUUUAACUGGCUAGGCAUUCAGGUCCAGACUUUUCUGGAGUAUUCUGACACAGGUGCUAAGUUUGUAUUUGGUGAGAAAUACACAGAUCAUUUCUUUGCUUUUAAGGUACUUCCAAUUGUGGUUUUCUUCAGCACAGUAAUGUCCAUGCUUUACCAUGUUGGAUUCAUGCAAUGGCUCAUUGGAAAGGUUGGUUGGAUAAUGAAAAUUCUCAUGGGGACAACUCCUGUUGAGUCUCUGGUAGCUGCAGGUAACAUAUUUGUGGGACAGACAGAGUCGCCCCUCCUGAUACAGCCUUUCUUACCGUACAUCACCAAAUCUGAACUCCAUGCAGUCAUGACAGCAGGAUUCUCAACUCUUGCUGGAAGUGUCUUAGGAGCAUAUAUUUCUUUUGGGGUUUCCGCCUCCCACCUAAUGACUGCUUCUGUCAUGUCAGCACCAGCAUCAUUAGCCACUUCCAAACUAUUCUGGCCUGAAACUGAAAAGUCUACAGUAACUCUGACGAGUGGCCUACAAAUGGGAAAAGGUGAAUCAAAGAACCUGCUGGAAGCUGCCAGUCAAGGUGCCUCUGCUUCCAUCCCGAUGGUAGCAAACAUCGCCGUGAAUCUGAUCUCCUUCCUUGCCCUGCUGGCUUUCCUUGACUCUGCUCUCUCUUGGGUGGGCAAUCUGUUUAACUAUCCACAGCUAAACUUUGAGAACAUUUGUGCUUAUGUCUUCAUGCCAUUUUCUUUCAUGAUGGGGGUAGACUGGGAAGACAGUUUUAUUGUCGGUGGACUACUAGGUUACAAAACUUUCUUCAAUGAAUUUGUAGCUUAUGAGCGCCUCUCAAAACUGAUUCACAACCGAAAAAAGGGUGGGAGCAUGUACAUUAAUGGUGUGAAACAGUAUAUGAAUGUUCGCUCUGAAGUCAUUGCUACCUAUGCCCUUUGUGGGUUUGCCAACUUUGGCUCCCUCGGACUGGUGAUAGGAGGCCUCACAAGUAUUGCUCCCUCAAAAAGAAAAGAAAUAGCUGGCGCUGCUUUCAGAGCUAUGAUUGCGGGAACUGUCGCCUGCUUCAUGACCGCCUGUGUUGCAGGAAUGCUGACUGUCCCUGGUCUGGAAGUUCCUUGCCACGUCUUACUAGGAAAUGCCUUCAGCUCCACAGAUUUCCCUGUCAACAGCACAGACCUAAUGGAAUGUUGCCAGCAACUCUUCACCAGUGUAAAUCAUUCUCAGGAGAUCUUCCCUGGAAGAAACUACAGCCUAAGUUUCUUGAAAGGAUGUUGCCAAAUACUGGAUCAACCUGCUUCUCAUUGUACUUAAAUUAAGCCUUGUCUUUUGGGUGGAUAGGCCAUAAAUAAGAACUCUGUUCCUCGGUAGGAACAUAAUAAAAUAUUUCCUUUUCCAUAGCAAGUGUCAGACCCUCUUCCCACAACCUUUACGUUCCAUCUCUUAGCAGCCUGAUUCUUCUGACUUGCUUGGAAUUACACAUGAGUUAAACAAGACAAAUGCAAGACACCUUUUGCUGCAGGUUUCUUCUCCCAUUACAGAUCAGAAGGGAACAUUUCUGAGCUUAAUUCUCCGGAUUUCAUCUCUACCCUAAAACUGAUGUAUCUGUAGAAUUAAACUACUGUGGGCAAGAAGAAAAUCAGAUUUAGAGGAUAUGACUGCCACUUAAAGAAGUUGUGAACUAGAAAUAAUAUUUAGAAUUGCCAUCCAUUCCUAAUAGUAUUUCUGCUCUGUUUUGUACCAAAGAUAUGUUUUUACUGCAUGAAAGUAAAUUACUCUCUUCUCAGAAAUCUCUACACAUUUCUUCUAGUAACUAUGGCUGCAUGUGAACUGAACUGCUAACAUGUGGUGCACCCCACCAGGUAGGUCACUGAAGCACUCAAAUCAGGGACUAGCCACUUAUUGUAAAAAAAUGUAGGUUUCCUGUAAAACUCAGUUUAUUAGCUUAAUCCUCUAGAAAAUUAUAAAUGCCA